GCGGCGCGGCCAUGGCGGCUGUGGACAUCCGAGAUAAUCUGUUGGGGAUUUCCUGGGUUGACAGCUCCUGGAUUCCAAUAUUAAACAAUGGGAGCGUGUUGGACUAUUUCUCAGAGCGAAGUAACCCUUUCUAUGACCGAACAUGUAACAAUGAAGUCGUCAAAAUGCAGCGGAUGACCCUGGACCAUUUGAACCAGAUGGUUGGAGUGGAGUACAUCCUUCUCCAUGCUCAAGAGCCCAUUCUCUUCAUUAUCCGAAAGCAGCAAAGGCAAUCUCCAACACAAGUUAUGCCAUUGGCUGACUACUACAUUAUUGCUGGAGUGAUUUAUCAAGCACCUGACUUGGGAUCUGUCAUUAACUCCAGAGUUCUCACUGCAGUGCAUGGAAUUCAGUCUGCUUUUGAAGAAGCUAUGUCCUACUGUCGCUAUCACCCAUCCAAGGGCUACUGGUGGCAUUUCAAAGACGAGGAAGAACGAGAGAAAACUAAACCAAAAGCCAAGAAGAAAGAAGAACCAAGCUCUAUUUUCCAAAGACAACGAGUAGAUGCUUUGCUCUUAGACCUAAGACAAAAGUUUCCACCCAGAUUUGUCCAGCAAAAGCCUGGAGAAAAGCCUGUCCCAGUGGAUCAAAUCAAGAAGGAGCCAGAACCAGUCCCUGAAGCUGUCAAGACAGAGGAAAAAGAGACUGUAAAGAAUGCUCAGAGUGCUGGUGCUAAAGGACCACCUGAAAAACGAAUGAGACUCCAGUGAAGGGAAAAUCUAUUGCACAUCUGGAUUUGUCAGAACCUGGAAAACAUAGGAUUCUUGCUCUCUUUUCUUUAUAUUUAAGCUCUUCCACUGAGACUGAUAAUUCAGGGACUGAGAUCCCUGUAACAGCUUUUUCUGUAGAAACCUCUCAUGCAAAUGUUAAUGUCAGGAUGUGAGAUGCCUCAAAGGAGGCAGUCAUCAUCUUAUUUGAAUGCUGACUUCUGAGAAUGGGUUUUACAUGGACAUGUUCAGCAGCCUCCUGAAGACUUUACAAACUCUUGCAUCCUUUGUGUCUAGGUUUCCUAUGUGAAAAGAAAAAAACCGUUUUAUAUAUAAAAAGGAAUUGGAAUUCUUGGCAAAUAAAAUUCCUGGCUGCUGGAAUGCUUUCCUUAAAUGUAUACCUUUUUAGUAGCAAAAUAUAUCAUAUGUGCUGGCAGCUGCUUUUUUUUUUUUUUUUUCUUUCCUACUUGGACAUUGGAAUGUAUUGUCUUCUAUUCUGAGGAAGAAAAGUUAAUUCACCCACUACAAAUUGCUGUGCCUCUAGUGUGCUUGGGAUAAAGAUAGAAGAUUUGCUAACUGGACCCUCAAAUCCUUGUAGUUAGAUGUCAGAAGGGUCUCAGUUUCUAGAUAUUCUUGGACAAGGAUUUUACUUAAUGGUUAAGCUGAUAGUUUAUUAUAGAAGUUAGUGUUUUGGGAGAGAGAUUUAUGGUGUAAAACAGGCUAAGAUUUCUUGAUGUUGCACACUCAGUGAAGCUGUUUAUAUUUCUGAUUUUCCACUGUAACUCAAAUAUAUCAGUCACGUCUCUUCCUCUGUGCUCCUGGCA